CACAGAUUCUGAAAGAAAAUUAAACUGAGUCUGUGAUCCUUGCACUUUGACUUCCCUUUUCAUGUUUGGCUUGAGUCAGCAAAUAUACAUAAAUUUGCUGGAAUAUAAAAGGAUUAACAGAGACAAUAAUGGCGUUUUCACAUCUAGUUCAUUUGAUGUGUUUUUCUUGUGUUUUUAUUUUUUAAACUUUGGUCAGAUUGUUCCUAUAGUCCGGUUGAUUUAAGUAGAUGUGAACAUGCCAAUCACAGUAUGAUGCUGCCCAACCAGACUGAGACACUGGAAAGAAUGGUCACAGUAAGGUAGCAAGUGAACCCUUGGAUACUGGGUCCUUAGUUGUGAAAUUGUUUGGCUGCAGGUAAGGAACGCAUUGAAAGAUGCUGCCAAUUUCUUCCAUGUUAAAUUCCUAUGGAGUGCAGUGGAACUAUCAUAUCAAAUGAGAUUUGUCGCAUAUAGUUACAAACAUAGUGCAAGUUAAAGCGAAAUGCUUAGUUACUGACGCUCAAGAAAAUUAGAAAUAUAAAAAAAACAACAAUCCGGACAGACGGUUUGGAGUGACGGGCGCAAUUAUGUGGCCACUACAUCGAUCUGUAGUGCUGAAAGAAGGAGUGGAGUCAGAAGACAAUGCUCUCGAUUUACCAAUCGUUCUACGUACCUCCAUUCACUUAUGGUAAUGAUCGAACGAAAGAUUGCUGGUAAAAGCGACCGACGUGAGCGGCUGCAGCAGAUAUCCGGGAAAGGCUCGGAGUAGAGUAGGUGACAUUUCACGUGCCUCCUGGUAGAUGUUUGGAAGUUUUACCAUCUGGGAGGAGACCCCAGGAAAAACCCAGGGCUCGCUCGGAGGAAUAUAUAUCUCAGAUGGCAAUGGAACACUUUGAGAUCCCACAUAGUUGGCAAAUGCAGAUGCGCUUUGAUGGACGUAUCGGAUUUCCUGGUGGCUUUGUUGAUCUUCAAGACUGCAGUUUAGAAGAUGGCUUAAACCGUGAGCUUUAUGAAGAGGUGGGAUGUACACUUAGGCUAUCCGAUGCUGACCACAUGUGCUCACAUGUCACAGACACACCACAGAAGUUGGUGACACAUUUUUACACCAAAGAACUAAGUCUGGCUGAGUUGCAGCAGGUGGAAGCAGGUGCAGUUUCUGCCAAGGAACAUGGACUUGAGUCAAUGGGCCUGAUACGUGUGCCACUGUUUACUCUGCGGGAUGGAGUAGGUGGUCUGCCAGCAUUUCUUUGCAACAACUUCAUUGGUAACGCCCGGGAUGAGCUGGUUGAUGCUUUAAGGCGUUUACGUCUAAUAAAUGAAGAUCGAUUAGCAUCUGCUCUGGAAGUCAGUCACAAACAGAAAUGAGUUCUGCUUUAAAACAGUCAACACUAACAUGAUGACACAGAGACUGGUACCUUCCUUGUUUUAUGUAGGUGUACGUUUAAA